AUGGGCCAUCUUGGCCUCAAGAAACAGGAUCAAGGUGCAGCAUCCUCCGGCGAUAGUAGUCGAAGACCCAGUCCCCCCAACAAUGGGAGUAACCACAGCUUGAACACACAGCCCGAGCAGAAACCGCUGAUUCUCAAGGUCUAUGUCAUCAAGGCACGUAACCUGGCUGCAAAAGACAAGUCCGGCACUUCUGAUCCUUACCUUGUUGUGACCCUGGGGACUGCUAAGCAGUCGACCCCGUCAAUCCCCAAAACCCUCAACCCGGAAUGGAAGAUAUGCUUUGAUAUGCCUCUCACGGGCGUCCCUCUCCUCGAAUGCAUCUGUUGGGACAAAGAUCGAUUUGGCAAAGACUAUAUGGGAGAGUUCGACAUUCCGAUCGAAGACAUCUUCGCCAAUGGUCAAAUCCAACAAGAGCCGAAAUGGUACACACUCAAAUCAAGCAGGUCUACAAAGAAAGAGACUACAGUUUCGGGCGAGGUGCUCAUGCAGUUCUCCAUUGUGGACUCUGCAAACCCUUCGGCCAGUCCCGAAGAAAUCCGGAAAAAGUUCCAAGCGUAUAUUGGAGCUGAAGGAGAGGAUGACGAGCUCUCUCGCGUGUCUACAAAUGUAGACAACGAGAUCGGUGAUGAUGAGGUAGACGAUUUCGACGAAGACCCGGAAUCGGUCACCGAGAACGAAUCCCCGCCAAAACCUGACACGGCGGAGAAGAAAGCCAAGAAGAAAAGAUUGGCUCGCCUUCGCCGCAAGUCCAUCGCUGCAAGAGCAUACAACCUUCUUGGAGUUGACAACGACGGGAAUGGGGUCGUCUUCUUGGAGGUGAUCAAGAUCACAGAUCUGCCCCCAGAGCGCAACAUGACUCGAACUUCUUUUGAUAUGGAUCCUUUCGUGGUCAUAGCAUUGGGUAAGAAGGUCUUUCGGACGAAGGUUAUCCGGCACAAUUUGAAUCCCGUCUUCAACGAGAAGAUGGUAUUUCAAGUCAUGCGCCAGGAGACCGGCUACUCCUUGACCUUCACUGUCAUCGACAGGGACAAACUGUCCGGGAAUGACUUCGUGGCAUCCACCACUUUACCCAUUCAGACAAUCAUUCAAUCUGGACCAGAAGCCGAUCCGGAAACUGGUCUAUACGACCUUCCAGAACCCCCUGAAUAUUCACCGGCCAUGGCUCCGAAGGAGAAUAGAUCCAGAUUCCGUCUUCCAUUAUCUCGCACAUCCUCGGCAAGCAGCUUGUCCAAGUUGGCACGUCCCGGCUACAAACGAGAUGACUCCCAGACGUCACUGACGAGCGUUAACGAAGGAGCACGCCCUCCGGCGCCCACAAGCAUUCCAUCCGACGGCAGCGGAAGCACAUUGAAGCUGCCAGGAGGCGCUGAAACUCCCGUUGCUCAACCGGCCGAGGAUCCCGCAAUGCCCUCAUACGUCAUACCCUUGGAGUUGAAGAACAAAGAAAGAUGGGAAACGAAACAUACCCCGGAGCUGCAUCUUCGGGGGAAAUAUUUGCCUUACAAGGCACUCAGACAGCAAUUUUGGAGAGCUAUGCUGAAACAAUACGACACGGAUGAUAGCAAAAGAAUCAGCAAGAUCGAAUUCAUGGCGAUGCUCGACACGCUGGGCUCGACCCUGAAGGAGUCAACAAUUGACAAGUUCUUUGAGAGAUUCGCCCCCGAAAAUGGAGACACUGGCGAGCCUGAUCUGACAUUUGACCAAGCCGUCAUCUGCCUUGAAGAGCAACUUCAAAGAGUCAGUACGAAAAAGUCCUUGUCUGAUAAAAUCAAGGACAGCUUAAGCUCGAGUGGCCAGACACCGCAGGCGACUUCGACCUCAAACAAAAGCGAUAGCGGCGCUGGCGUGGCUACCAUUGAGCAGGGACAAACUGGUGCGGCAGGAGAAGAGGGUAAGCUACUGUCCAACGACCUAAUAGACGAAGGCGACGAAGAAGAACAUGUCAUCGCAAUCCGAGAAUGCCCCAUCUGCCACCAGCCAGACCUGAACCGGCGGACAGAAGCCGAAAUAAUCACCCACCUUGCCACCUGUGCCAGCUCGGAUUGGCGACAAGUCAACAACCUGGUGAUGGGUGGGUUUGUGACCUCAAGCCAGGCGCAGCGCAAGUGGUACUCGAAAGUCAUCACCAAGAUCAGCUAUGGUGGUUACAAGCUGGGCGCUAACAGCGCGAAUAUCCUUGUGCAGGACCGUAUCACCGGCCAAAUCAACGAGGAGCGCAUGUCUGUUUAUGUCCGCAUCGGCAUUCGGCUGCUGUACAAGGCGUUGGGUGCUCGGGAAAUGGAGAAGAAACGAAUCAAGAAGUUACUGCGAUCCCUGUCCAUCAAGCAGGGCAGAAAGUUUGACGAUCCUGCUUCGGUGGCUCAGAUUGAACCAUUUAUUUCAUUCCAUCGACUUGAUAUGUCCGAGGUUCUUUUGCCUGUCGAGCAGUUCAAGAAUUUCAACGAAUUCUUCUAUCGAGCCUUGAAACCAGGUGCUCGGCCGUGCAGUGCGCCGGACAGACCGGAAGUCGUCGUGUCUCCUGCAGACAGUCGAACGGUGGUCUUCAAUAGAAUCGAGGAUGCGAUCCGAAUCUGGGUCAAGGGCAGAGAUUACAGCCUGGAAAAACUAUUCGGCGACGCCUACCCAUUGGAGUCAAAACGCUACAAGAGUGGUAGUAUGGCCAUUUUCCGGCUGGCGCCGCAAGACUAUCAUCGGUUCCAUAUCCCCGUUGAUGGUAUCUUGGGUACACCCAAACCCAUUGAAGGAGAAUAUUAUACUGUCAACCCCAUGGCCAUUAGAUCGGCGCUGGACGUGUACGGUGAGAACGUCCGAGUCCUGGUCCCCAUCGAUUCUGUGGCCCACGGCAGAGUGAUGGUGGUCUGUAUCGGAGCCAUGAUGGUCGGCUCCACGAUCAUCACACGGAAGCCCGGGGAACGAGUCAAGCGCGCGGAAGAGCUGGGCUAUUUCAAAUUUGGCGGAAGCACGAUACUUGUGUUUUUCGAGCCUGGGAAGAUGGUUUUCGACGACGAUUUGGUGGAGAACAGCAAUGGAGCUUUAGAGACAUUGGUCCGCGUGGGCAUGUCCGUUGGCCACUCGCCACAUGUCGAGGCGCAUAAACCAGACAUGAAGAAACAUGACAGCGACAUCACCCAUGCAGAUAGACAGGAAGCUAGACGACGCAUUGAGGGGAGCAUCGCCCCGGAAAAAGACAGCAGGUCGGGCUGGAUGCCUGGAUCAUCAGGAAAAGCUGGGGGUCUCAGCUCCCUCAACCCGGCUAAUAUACAUUGA